GACCGUUUCAAUUCUGCCCUCCAGAACACCACUAUCUAUCUCGGCGUGCUACUACCUGGUGAAAACCCCCAGUACGAAAGACGCGCUCUUCGUGGAACUGGAGCAAAGAAGGGUGGAGGGCCACAUGGGCCAGCCCGGCCAGCUGAUGUCUUAUGAGCAGACCACGCAUUGCCCCUAUCUCCAGGCAGUCAUCUACGAAGCUCUACGCCUUCAUCCGGUCGCCCCGGGCACCCUGCAGCGGGAAGUGCCUGAGGGUGGAUUGCAAGCGGCGGGAUAUUUUGUGCCCCCCGGGGUGGUCGUUGGAACUCCAGCCUGGGUAAUCAAUCGCCUUCCGGAAAUCUGGGGAGACGAGCCCGAUGCAUUCCGGCCUGAACGGUGGCUGGAUGAAGGCAGAAAGCGUGAGAUGCUCAAAUACCUCUUUGCCUUUGGCGGAGGAACCCGGAGUUGUCUAGGAAAAAAUCUCUCUCUCAUGGCAGCAAGCAAGUUGAUACUCAACCUACUGCUUCGUUUCCAGCUUGAACCCUCCAAGUUAGUCUCGGAAUGGACGGUCACAGGACAGUAAGUUUCCAUUCCACCGGUGCCUGGUACCAGACAGAUCAAGACGUAACCUGGAACUCAGUUUCUUAGCGGGUCCGUACACCAGACCGACUUCCACGCCCAAAUUCGUGUAAGGGAAUGAGCGAGCGGUUAGUGCCCCGCUCGCCUGCGAGACAGGUGGGAAGGCGGCCGGGUGGUGGCCAAAUAGUACCUACUUAACUUAACUCCGAUAAU